GGGAAGCAGAAAAUAUUCGCUACAAACAAGUGAUUACAGCAAUGACAUUUUACAUUAAUAUUGCCAUAGUUUACUUUAAUAAGAUUGUUUACUGUAACGUAAAAAAUAUGCGCUGCUAUUUUAUGUUAGUUUCACUUCAAAGGUUUUCAGCAUAUGCACCCGGUAGCGAUACCGUCAGUGGUAGUGCCCAAGGAUGGCAGCAGCUGUAGGUGUAAAUAAGCAAGGAGCUGCGGCGGGGAUGGAGGGGUGCAGUCGCAACAGUCGGACCAUUGCAGGCGGCACGGUCAAGGUACUGGAAUGUGGAGUGUGUGAAGAUGUGUUUUCUCUGCAAGGUGACAAAGUCCCUCGGCUGCUGCUGUGUGGUCACACUGUGUGCCACGACUGUCUCACCCGCCUUCCACUUCAUGGCAGAGCUAUCCGCUGCCCCUUUGACAGACAAGUCACUGAAUUAGCUGUGACAGGGCCUGUUUUCUACAUAAUUGUGAAAUUCACUGCAAUGUCCUUGUCAGGGGACUCCGGAGUUUGGGGACUGAAGAAGAACUUUGCACUCCUGGAGCUUCUAGAGAGACUGCAGAAUGGAGCCUCUAACCAGUCCGGCACGGCUGAGGACACUUUAGGAGGUUCUGGAGAGCGUAUUAUCCGCUGUGAUGAAGAUGAGAACCACAUUGCAUCCAUGUACUGCACUGUUUGUGCCACACACCUGUGCAGAGACUGCUCUCAGCUCACACACUCCACUCGGACCUUAGCAAAGCAUAGACGGGUUCCUCUGGCUGACAAGCCCCAUGAAAAAACACUUUGUCUCCAACAUCAGGUUCAUGCCAUUGAGUUUGUGUGCCUGGAAGAACCUUGUCAUGCCUGUUCCCUCAUGUGCUGUGUGUGCAAAGAGUAUGGGAAACAUCAGGGGCACAAGCAUGCUGUGUUGGAAGCUGAAGCGAAUCAGAUCCGGGCUUCAAUUCUGGACAUGGCACACUGCAUUCGAACAUUCACUGACGAGAUCUCUGAAUAUUCCAGGAAACUUGUUGGCAUAGUGCACCAGAUUGAGGGAGGGGAGCACAUUGUGGAAGACAGCAUUGGAAUGGCUCACACAGAGCAUGUUCCAGGCACAGCUGAGAAUGCCCGCUGUUGUGUAAGAGCGUAUUUUGCUGAUUUACACGAGACGCUGUGCCGUCAGGAGGAGAUGGCGCUCAGUGUUGUUGACGUACACGUGAGAGAGAAGCUCAUCUGGCUCCGGCAGCAGCAGGAAGACAUGACCAUUCUGUUAUCGCAGGUCUCCACUGCCUGCCUGCAUUGUGAAAAAACACUGCAACAGGAUGAUUGCCGUGUUGUGUUAUCCAAACAGGAGAUAACAAGACUACUAGAAACUCUGCAAAAGCAGCAGCAGCAGUUCACAGAGCUUGCAGAUCACAUCCAGCUAGAUGCCAGCAUUCCUGUCACUUUCACAAAGGAUAACCGGGUUCACAUUGGCCCAAAGAUGGAGAUUCGGGUUGUAACCUUGGGGCUGGACGGGGCGGGAAAAACCACCAUUCUGUUUAAAUUAAAACAAGACGAGUUCAUGCAACCAAUUCCUACGAUAGGUUUUAAUGUGGAGACAGUAGAGUACAAAAACCUGAAGUUUACCAUUUGGGAUGUUGGAGGUAAACACAAGCUGAGGCCUCUCUGGAAGCAUUAUUACCUGAAUACACAAGCGGUAGUGUUUGUGAUUGACAGCAGCCACAGGGACAGAUUGAUGGAGUCACACAGCGAGCUGGCAAAGCUGCUAACAGAAAAGGAGCUCAGAGAUGCACUUCUGCUGAUCUUUGCUAACAAACAGGAUGUGGCUGGUGCUCUCUCCGUGGAAGAAGUUACUGAGUUGCUGAGCUUGCACAAGCUGUGCUGUGGCCGCAGCUGGCAUAUUCAAGGCUGUGAUGCUCGGAGUGGGAUGGGCCUGCAUGAAGGGCUGGACUGGCUGUCAAGACAACUGGUGGCAGCAGGGGUGCUGGAUGUAGCUUAGACUCAUACAAGAAAAGUAAAAAAAAGACUUUACAGCCAUCCUUCAGUUCUGUUUAUUUUAGUUUCCUUGUGCUGUGAUUUAAUGUUUUGUUGUACAUAGCAGCUAACUGUGAUUUUCCCUGCAUUCUUCUAGGUGACCAGUGGUUUGUAAAAAUAUUUACUUGCCACACGAUUCACAAAAAAAUGUGAUUGAGAUUUUUUUUUUUUUUUUACCGGGGAAAGGGUCUGUUUUACCACGUGGUUGGUUUGCAUGAAUUUACACUCCCUUUAACAUUGUUUCUACUGAAUGAUGUACAGUCCAAAUGAUGCUCCAACAAAUAGCUGGUAAAGGCAGCUCAAGGUACUUAAUAUUUUGCAGCUAGACAUUUGAUAUUUUUAAGGGAUGUUUUUUCCACAGCUGUUUGAGUAAAAGGGUUGGAUAUAGAAUGUUGGCAAACACUUUGAAGAAGCAUCCCAUAAUAGAUAAAGAUUAGAACUAUAACAAACUCAGAAGCUACUGUAGCAUUCAUGAAACCUGCCUUUUUUUUGUUUUUAAAUAAUGAUUUUUGUCUUGAGGGUAAGAAAAUGUAGAAAUACAAAUGACUAGUAUGAUGCUGUGGAUCUUGGGGUUCAUAGACUGAACAGUUCAAUUGCUGAUGGAUGGUCAAUAACGUGUAUAGGUCUGUGUAACGUUAUGGCUGUAUUUACAGCUUUGUUUUAGGAUAUACUGCUAAGUUUGGGCACCUGCUUUGAAUGGGAAUAGUGCACUUUGUAGUUUGAUAGCUAUUGUUUGUACUCAACAGGGUUUACAAGAUACUGUCAUGUACUGGAUUUAUUUAUGAAAUAAUUGGUUUUACCUUGCAAACAGCAUUUACAGUACCAACCAUUAUCACCAAAAAUAUAUAAAUGUAAGAAUUAAAACUGCAGUCCUCAUCCAGCCUCAUUACAUUGUAUGGUUUAAUUGUUGCCAUUAAAAGCAUUCUACUUUAUCUUUGAUGCUAACAUUUAUUGUUGUGAUGUAGGGGAAUGCAUUUAAAAAUACAUAGCAUUAUUCUGUAACUGUGUAAGAGCACAGUACACAUUUGACCUAGUGUUUGUAAGUUAGUAAACACCUGUUACUGCUUUUCUAUCACCACACACAAGUAAUGUGACUCAGGACGUUAUGCUAUUUACUAACUGGGAUUUUUUUUGCAAGUAUGUGGAGAGCUUUAGCACAUUAACCAUUCAUGUUUCCUAACUAUUAAAUAUGAACUAGACUUAAUGUAGUGUAAAAUGUGAUGUAGUCAGAACCCCUCCCCCAUCCCAAAAUAAAUAGCAUAUGUUUAACACAAGAUGUUCUUAUUUAUUUCCCUAAAUAAAGAGUAUUUAACAGUG